AUGGCAUGCUCGUACCUCAGCGCAUCGGGAAUGAAGGCUGAACCGUCCAGUGCUGAUUGCUGGACUCCACCAAACUACACUUGUCUGCCUGAACUAGAUUCGCUACCAAGCCAAAUGGGACCGCCGUUCCCGAAGACUCAAAUCAAUGCAAACCUCAAUCUAGCAUGUCAGGAGCCAGCCCUGGAUUUAACAACGAACUCUGCAUCCCUCAAGCCCCGUCUCCCCUCUCCGAAAAUUGAAGGGGACACAGAGUGA